AUGGAUAGGAGAAUUCUGUCAACUUCUAUCGAAGCAAAAGAAAUUCGAGAGAAAAUGAAAACCAAGAUGGUGACAUUUGACAUUAGUUUGUCAAGUAAAGAUAAUAUUCUACUCGUUUUUGAUGGAGACAAAAAUUUGGUAACUGCUUCAACGCUCACUCUCAAAGAAUCCUCACAGAAGGUAUGUUUUCAUGAAAAAAAAGCUGUCCCUUUGGACAAAUUUUUUUAUCUCUGCACUCUCUAACACACACUCUAUCACUCUUCUCUUCUUCUAUAACAAUUUUCUUCUGUCUAAUCUGGAAUUUUUAGAAAACUGAUAGAAAUUCAUCUACCUCUACAUCGACUUCUUCAAGUUCACCAUCUCCAAAUAGUAGUCAAAAAGAGCGUUCGCCUCGAAAAAGACCACAUGCUCAAGAAAUCAAAUCUGAAAAAAAGGAGCAGGAACCUCUUUCAGAAUCACAUGAUGAACUUUCGUUGGUUUUUGAUAUGGAGAGAAAAAUCAGGGCGAUCUAUAAUUUGAAAACUACUUUUGAAAAACAAAAACCUAUGCCAAAUGCUAAAAUGUGCAGAAAGGUGAGUUUUUUUUUUUCUUCGAAAAAUAUAUAUAUUCUAGAACUUCUGCUAUUCAGAAAAAAAUUUCCAGGCCGUAGAAACAGUCAAAAAACUUUGGAAUGAGUAUAUCAACCUAAAGAAAAAGUUGGAUGAAUUUCAAAAGUUUCAACCAGAAGAAGACACAAUUAAUAAAAUAGUUAAGCCAGAACUCAAAGAGGUAGGCUUUAUUGAUGAUUGUGAACAAAUGUGUUUUUCCAGACUUCUAACGAAGAACUUGGAAAUAGAUUUAGGACAAUUAUUGGACACAUGUUCUUCGAUUCAACUCCAUUUAUUCAAAGUUUAUUUGAUGACAAAUACAAUUAUUUUGCAUUCAGAAAACAAAUGAUUUCUUUUAUUGAUAAUUUCAAAAAAGAAAAAAGACUUCGAAAAUCGGAAAAAAUAGACGAUAUUUUAAAAGGAUGUAUUGCAAAACGGUAUGGAACCGUUUCAAGAUUAAGAAGAGUAAGACUAAAUAUCAGUAAAAAUUAAUUUAUUGUUUUUAUUUUCAGCUAAUUGUUGGAAAAAACGAAGUGAAACAAGAAAUCAAAUUUCUCGAAAAGGAACUCAACUUGUGGAAGGACAAUCUCAUAGAAGCUCUGGAACCAUUUGAAGAAGAGAGCACUAGUUAG